CUACACAAACUGACCACAUUAUCCCAAAUUCAUCUAAUCAUCCAUACCAACAAAAAAUGUCAGCUUUUCAUUGUUACAUACAUAGACUGUUGAACAUCCCUAUGUCUAAAGACAACUAUAAUAAUGAGGUUUCUAUACUAAAACAGUUAGCAGUCAACAACGGUUACUCUCCUUUGAUAAUAGACAACAUUAUAAGAAAGAAAUUGCUCAAAAUAAGAUUGAAUCAAGCUUUUCACACAGAUGAACACAAUACCAAAAACUGUAUUUACAGAUCUAUCUCUUAUUUGGGGCCAAUUUCAGAUAAAGUUUCAAGUGUAAUUUCAAAUAAAGUUGAGAACCUCAAAAUUUCAUUUAAAACUAAAAAUACCAUCAAAUCACUGUUUAGUAAAACCAAAGACAAAAUAGAUAAAUUAAAUAAAAGUGGCAUAUACAAGCUAUCUUGUGGUGACUGCAGUACCACCUAUGUUGGAAGGACAAUGAGAACCCUUUCUCAAAGAAUCAAGGAGCAUGUCAGAACUCCAGAAAAAUCAAACUUUGGCUAUCAUGUUAAUUCUACCAAUCAUUCCUUCUCUCCCACUAAAGACAGCCAAAUUUUGCAUAACAUUCCAUCUAAAAAUUAUAGAUUAAUGAAUUUGUUGGAGGACCUGGAGAUUUCUAGAGAGAUGAAGUCUAAUCCUGAUUUUUGUGUCAAUACUCAGAUCAAUUUGAAUUGUAAUUAUAAACCUUUAUUCAAGUAUCUAUGGGAGACAGUGGAGUAGUGACCUCAUACAAUCUUUAAUAUAUAUAAAAACUAGUGUAUUUAUAUUUAACAUUUAAUUUUAUAACUUAAAAUACAAAUAAGGAAAACUUGUGUCUAUUGGCCGGAUUUAUAUAUACAUUGUUGUAUUACAGAUAUUUACAUAACAUACUUAUAUCAUCAAGUAAUGAGAACUUUAGAAAUAAAACACUUAACAACAAGAGUGUUUGAAACUAUUUUGUUAAGAAUUGAAUUCCACUGAACACUAUUCUAUUGGUUUGUUAUCAAUGUCUUACAACAGUAGAAACUGAAUAUACUCAUUUUAACAUCUUAGCAUUUAAAUAAUUUAAUAUUUCUACUAUAAACAUUAACGAUUCAACUUAGUAAAAUAUCCAUACACUCUGUCAAGGUCAUUUCAAUGACUUACAUAAUUUACAAAAGAUGAAUAACAACAACAAUCUAAUAUUAUCUCAAUCUAUAAUUUCAAUGAUCUAAUAUCUCCUAGAAUAUUGAAUUUGAGAAUUCACCAUUAAAAACUGAUCUUCCUCAUUACUUAUUCCUGUUUUUAUUUUUUAUCUGACAAGGUGUGUAUGUAUGUUGGGCCAAUUAGUCUUAAAAUCAAUCAUGUUAUCAAUUAAUUUAUUAGUUGAUUAGUACAAACAUCUAAGGUACAUUUCCUUAAAAAUUUUUUAAAAAUUUUUAAUUUUUCUUUCAAAAAUGUUAAAAUUAUUCAGAAUUUAAUGUCAGAUGUCAUACGUCAACGCAGAACAGAUAAAAGCAGAUUUAAAUAUCCGACUUUGUCAGUCAGCUGUUUCUACUAGGCCAACAAUGGAUGGGUGAUACCUAUACCAUGAAAAAAUUCUUUUUGUGUUUGUGUAACGUGUAAUGUGGCCGUUUUUCUGUUUUUGCUGUUUGGGGUUGUACGGAGGAUAUCCAACCAAAAGUUAUUUUCACAAGAUGCAAAUGUUAACACCUCAAUUUUGUAGCGGUACUUUUUUAACAAUUGACCAUUAGCUCCGAUGAUGACAUUUAUGUCGAAAGCGCUCAGCUAAAGAAAUAAAUUAUUUACACACUUUGAUAUACUACAUUUUUUAUUUCCUCUAUUCAUUCAAGUGUGUACAAACUUAUCAGUCUUUCAACUAUUUUUUUAUACUACAGUAUGGUAGUGGACACCGAAAAGUACCUUAGACUGUCUACUAAGAGGGAACUACGUUACAUUGACAUUUGGUUCAUACACCAGUGCCUCAAUUUUCAUCUAACUCCGAAGUUUGCAUCACUUAAAACAUCAAAGAACAUUCCUAUUAAAAUAAAGUCAGAAAUAGAGAGAAAAUUACUCAGGAAAGAAAUAUGUAUUCAUUAUGCUAAAAUCAACUCCUUUGACAUUGAACUUAAAAUUUUGUAUGACAAGAUUGUAGAGGUCACUCCUUUUCUAGUUUUUCAGCAGAUACUUCAAGAACACCAUGAAGAAUUAGCACUAAUUAAACAGGUCAAAUUUGAUAAAAUCAACAAAAAACUUAAUUAUUUAAAAGCUGAACGUUCAGGUAACAAAUAUCCUAAUAACAAUAAAGAUAACAACAGGAAUCAGGUGAGUCACUUUUCUUCUCAUAAGUUUCAUACCAGAGUUAAGAACUUAACAAAUUGCAAUUUUAAUAAUGAAGAACUUGAUUUUUUGAGCAAGGGUUUAAAAUUCAGUACUCAAUCUAAACCAGAUACAAGCAACAUUGAGUUGUUAUGUGUAGAGAUAGAUAGUAUUAUAAAUAGUUUAGAUAUUUCAACAUCAGUCAAAAAUAACAUAAAAACAGCAUGUCUUUUUCAAUUAAAUCAACAAUAUCAUAGAUACACUAACAACAAAAAAUUGAUUUCUACCUACCACUCACAAAUAAAAAUUAUCAAGUCUAUUUCUCAUAAAAUAAGAACACAUGAACUCACAAUAACUAAAGCGGAUAAAGGGAACUGCCUAAUAAUAAUGUACAGUAAAGACUAUAUAAAUAAGGUUGAAAAUUUUCUAUCAGACAACACAUUUAUACCACUCAACAAGAGUCCAAUGAAUAAGUUAAAUACUGACUUAAAAGCCAUUUUAUCAAAUCACUCAACCUUCUUUGAACAUCUUCAAACUAAUCCCAAGUCAUUUAUUGUCAAGAACCCUUUAAUACCACACCUAUAUGGACUUCCAAAAAUCCAUAAAUUAAAUUUCCCAAUCAGACCCGUUGUUAGCUUUGUUAAUACUCCUUUGUCGAACCUGGCCCAGUUUGUAAACAAACUGCUGAACGAUCUUAUCAACUAUUCUCCUAAGUAUACAGUCAAAAACACCCAAGAGUUAGUCUCUAAACUUUCUUCUAUAACUUUACCAUCCAACUUCAUAAUGGUCUCCUUCGAUGUGACAAAUCUCUUUACAAAUGUUCCAAGACAAGAAACCAUACCCAUUGUUAGUGAUUUAUUAUUAUCCAACAAAAUAGAUCCUCAAAAAAUCAUUCACAUCAAAUCUCUGCUACAAUUUUGCCUGUCUCAAGACUUUUUUGUAUUUAACAACAAACUAUACAGACAACCAGAAGGGCUAGCCAUGGGAAAUCCACUCUCUCCUUUGUUAGCUGAUCUUUUCCUAGAUUCACUUGAAACUAAGUUCGUACAAUCACGUCCUGAAAUUAUUCUUUGGCACAGAUAUGUAGAUGACAUAUUAGCCUUCAUUGAAGGUCCCACCAACACACCCAAUCACAUCCUAUCUCUGAUCAACGGUCUACACCCAUCUAUCAAAUUUACUCUUGAGACUGAAAUCAAUAAUAGUAUUAAUUUUCUAGAUUUGACUAUUGAAAAAACACCUUCUAAACUGGAAUUCUCAAUCUUCCGAAAACCUACACAAACUGACCACAUUAUCCCAAAUUCAUCUAAUCAUCCAUACCAACAAAAAAUGUCAGCUUUUCAUUGUUACAUACAUAGACUGUUGAACAUCCCUAUGUCUAAAGACAACUAUAAUAAUGAGGUUUCUAUACUAAAACAGUUAGCAGUCAACAACGGUUACUCUCCUUUGAUAAUAGACAACAUUAUAAGAAAGAAAUUGCUCAAAAUAAGAUUGAAUCAAGCUUUUCACACAGAUGAACACAAUACCAAAAACUGUAUUUACAGAUCUAUCUCUUAUUUGGGGCCAAUUUCAGAUAAAGUUUCAAGUGUAAUUUCAAAUAAAGUUGAGAACCUCAAAAUUUCAUUUAAAACUAAAAAUACCAUCAAAUCACUGUUUAGUAAAACCAAAGACAAAAUAGAUAAAUUAAAUAAAAGUGGCAUAUACAAGCUAUCUUGUGGUGACUGCAGUACCACCUAUGUUGGAAGGACAAUGAGAACCCUUUCUCAAAGAAUCAAGGAGCAUGUCAGAACUCCAGAAAAAUCAAACUUUGGCUAUCAUGUUAAUUCUACCAAUCAUUCCUUCUCUCCCACUAAAGACAGCCAAAUUUUGCAUAACAUUCCAUCUAAAAAUUAUAGAUUAAUGAAUUUGUUGGAGGACCUGGAGAUUUCUAGAGAGAUGAAGUCUAAUCCUGAUUUUUGUGUCAAUACUCAGAUCAAUUUGAAUUGUAAUUAUAAACCUUUAUUCAAGUAUCUAUGGGAGACAGUGGAGUAGUGACCUCAUACAAUCUUUAAUAUAUAUAAAAACUAGGGUAUUUAUAUUUAACAUUUAAUUUUAUAACUUAAAAUACAAAUAAGGAAAACUUGUGUCUAUUGGCCGGAUUUAUAUAUACAUUGUUGUAUUACAGAUAUUUACAUAACAUACUUAUAUCAUCAAGUAAUGAGAACUUUAGAAAUAAAACACUUAACAACAAGAGUGUUUGAAACUAUUUUGUUAAGAAUUGAAUUCCACUGAACACUAUUCUAUUGGUUUGUUAUCAAUGUCUUACAACAGUAGAAACUGAAUAUACUCAUUUUAACAUCUUAGCAUUUAAAUAAUUUAAUAUUUCUACUAUAAACAUUAACGAUUCAACUUAGUAAAAUAUCCAUACACUCUGUCAAGGUCAUUUCAAUGACUUACAUAAUUUACAAAAGAUGAAUAACAACAACAAUCUAAUAUUAUCUCAAUCUAUAAUUUCAAUGAUCUAAUAUCUCCUAGAAUAUUGAAUUUGAGAAUUCACCAUUAAAAACUGAUCUUCCUCAUUACUUCCUGUUUUUAUUUUUUAUCUGACAAGGUGUGUAUGUAUGUUGGGCCAAUUAGUCUUAAAAUCAAUCAUGUUAUCAAUUAAUUUAUUAGUUGAUUAGUACAAACAUCUAAGGUACAUUUCCUUAAAAAUUUUUUAAAAAUUUUUAAUUUUUCUUUCAAAAAUGUUAAAAUUAUUCAGAAUUUAAUGUCAGAUGUCAUACGUCAACGCAGAACAGAUAAAAGCAGAUUUAAAUAUCCGACUUUGUCAGUCAGCUGUUUCUACUAGGCCAACAAUGGAUGGGUGAUACCUAUACCAUGAAAAAAUUCUUUUUGUGUUUGUGUAACGUGUAAUGUGGCCGUUUUUCUGUUUUUGCUGUUUGGGGUUGUACGGAGGAUAUCCAACCAAAAGUUAUUUUCACAAGAUGCAAAUGUUAACACCUCAAUUUUGUAGCGGUACUUUUUUAACAAUUGACCAUUAGCUCCGAUGAUGACAUUUAUGUCGAAAGCGCUCAGCUAAAGAAAUAAAUUAUUUACACACUUUGA